CUCUUCAUAGUUAGACAUGUUCUUUGUGUUUGUUUUGUUUUAUUCUUUUACUCUUUAACGACAGUGGAAAGUGGAAAGUAUUGUCUUCACUUAUAGAGCAACCGGUUGCUUAUACAAAACUAAUUUAAGCAACCAUUCUAAUAAAGUUCAAAACUCAUCAUUCAACUCCUAAUCAGUUGAAAUUUUAAUGUAAUAUGCAACUAAAGUGAACGUGAUAAUAGUUUUGGUCAAAAAUUGGUACUUUAGAGAAUUUUAUAUAAGCGAAUAGUCAUAUUUUAAAUUUUGUCUUUUGAAUCUUCCUUGAAAUCUUACUAGUCAAUUAAGAUUGAUAUUCCAACAUAUCAGUUUAAAGAAGAUACUCAAACAGAGCAAAUGUUUGGAAAAACGGCAAGGACCCUUUCAAAUUGCGAUAUUUUUUCAGCAAAGCAAUUAGAAGGGGAGAAGGAUUUCUCAAAUUGGUAUGCUAAUAGUAUGAGCCGAAUCGAAUACUUGAAUAAUUUGAUAACGAACGAUGACACGGGUUGGUCGUUGGGUGGAGGUGACGUAGUUGCGCAUCCAGAAAAUGCUGUAGACGAUCUAUCUCUUUGCCACACCAGUGAGCACCACAAAAGAACCAAUGAAAGAUUGAGAGCUUUAUCUUUGGAAAAUGAAUGGAUGCGAGAAAUUAUGCGCCGAGCAUCGGAUUUCGGUAAUUUGCAGUCGAUGGCUACUGAAAUCAGGACUCUCAAAGCAGAGAGAAACCGACUGAGAAAUUCAUUGAAAAAAGUGGUCGAAGUUGAAGACAAAAUCAUGGAAUAUAAGCGACAGGCUUCAAUGUCGCAGAAGUAUCAAGUCGAAGUGGAAAAGCUUCGGAAAGAGCUAGAAACUGUUAUUGAAAAAUUUACCCAGCACGCUGCUGAAAAUCAAAGUCAGAUCAGUGAAAUGAAAUUGCAGCUAAAAAUUACACAGAAAGAACGGGAUGAAUAUCGUAACAAGGCUGAAAAAUUACAACUCCGGAAUGAUUUAUUAAAGUUUGAAUUGGAGAAACUAAAGUUCAGGAAAGUGAGCCAAGCAAUUUCUCAACACAGUAUAGCACUUGGGAGUUGAUUGCGGAAUCUAGCACCGUUGCAGAAUUAUGUGAUGUACAAGAUUAGAAAUUACUAAUACUGUCUUCUGAAAAUUGUUAGUGUCUUAAAAAUAAAAUAGGUAAAUAUUUUUAAUAUUUAACAAGUAUAAUUUC